ACUAUGACUACAACUACUACUACUACUACUAACACUAUUACUAGUACUACUACUAAUACUACAACUUUGACUAUAACUACUACUACUACCACUAAUACUAUUACUAGAAGCUGUGGAUGCUCCCUCAGGCCGAGUGGCGGGAAGGAGAGACCCUGCGGCGCACGGCCGAGAGAGCGCUCGCCUCCCUGCCCGCCGGCGCUCACGAGGCGACCUUCCUGGGCAACGCCCCCUGCGGCGUCUACAAGUACAAGCUGCCCCGGGCCAUCAGGACCGACACCUCGACGGGGGUCAAGAUCUUCUUCUUCAAGGCCGUCCUCGGCCACGCCCAGCCCCCGCCAAGCCCCGCCCUCAUGUGGCUGAGGAAAGACGAACUGCAGCGUUUCCUCAAGCCGGCGUACACCACCAAGGUAGAGCGCUUCCUGUUCGGCCUGUGACGCACGCCGACACAUCUCCGUAGCGAUGGCGGCUUUUUUUUUUUUUUUUUUUUUACAAUGACAAUAAAUCCAUGGAUCUUCAGUGUGCAGGUGUACCUAAUGAAGUGGCCACUCACUUUUUUCUGCCUCACCUAAAGGAAAUUAUUCUGCAGGAUGUGCUCCAUUCGACUGCCGGAGAGUACUGAGCCGUUUUGAGCAGGAGGAGAAUAUAUAGGAGGUCUGCAGUGGGCGGGGCUCUAGCUCAACACUGCAGUGUCGAUGUUUGACUUCUCCAAAUGAAUCCUACAAUUGUGAUGUGUCUACUCGACGUACAAUGUGCAUCACAAUGUGGACAAACACACAGUGAUCAGAAAGAUACACUGAAGAGGAGCUGCAAUUUACCAACAGCGACUGAGGAACAGCACGGUGAUAGGGGGGUGAGUGCGUCUGCCUCACAAUACGAAGGUCCUGGGUUCGAUCUUGCGCUUAGGAUCUUUCUGUGUGGAGUUUGCAUGUUCUCCCCGUGACUGCGUGAGUUCUACUCCGGCUCCCUCCCACCUCCAAAGACAUGCACCUAGGGAUAGGCCCCUCCCACUUCCAAAUACAUGCACCUGGGGAUAGGCCCUUCCCACCUCCAAAAA